AUGUUUCUCUCAUUGCCGUUGGAAAUUCUUCUGCUCAUUGCAAAUCAACUUGAUUCCAACAAUGAUAUGCUCAAUCUUUUAUUGGUUAACCACUUCCUACACGAUCUUCUCCUUAGCCAGCUCUAUAGACGAGACAUUCGUGCUACCGGCGGUCUCGCCUUACUUUUCUACUCCAACUGGGGAUAUGAAUCUGCCGCUCAGAAUAUGCUCGCUGCGGGUGUCAAUGCCGACAUUCGAGGGCCUCGUUGGGACACCAGGACAGCCCUGCUGCUCGCUAUAAGCCGACAUCAUACAGCAAUUGUUAAAAGUCUACUUGAUCAUGGCGCAGAUCCAAAUUUCAUGGACAAUGUUAAACACGGUCCAUUAGAAACAGCUAUUCUGAAUGAUUGUGGGGAGGAUACGUUACAAAUGUUGCUGGAUUACGGGGCCGAUGUCAAUCUCAAGGGAUACUCCGGACGUACUCCUCUGUUCACUGCUAUUAUCGCUGGCAAAUCAACCGGAGUGGCUUUCCUUCUUGCUAGAGGAUCUAAUGUACAUGCUCGGGAAUCCAAAGAAGGAAGAAUUCCACUGCAUUUUGCCGCCGAGAAAGCCGGGUUUUCCGAUGUAGUGAAGAUGCUUGUGGAUGCUGGAUCUGAUGUGAAUUGCCUGACCGAAAGUGGCAUGUCACCUCUACAUAAGGCUGCUCAUGCCCGAGCUACCGAUACCGUUCAGGCUCUCUUGGACUGUGGGGCUGACGUGAAUAUCGGCACACCUGCUAGAUUCAAUCGCGGGCAAACGGCUAUUCAUUACUUUGCCAAAGGUUGGGGUCCAAGCAAAGAUAUCAUUAGAUUGCUUAUUGAUCAUGGAGCCGAUGUGAACUCCAGAGAUUCACAGCAACGUACACCUCUGUUCCUGAAUGUGGAACAAGACCAUGCUCAAUGUCAAUAUACAGCAGAAUUACUACUCGAUCACGGUGCAGAUAUAUGUGCUAGAGAUGAGAGCGGAUGUACUGUGCUGCAUGGCUCGGCUCGACAGAUUUCGGUGAAAAUGGUGAAAUGGCUUUGUCAAAGAGGUGCUGAUGCGAACUGGAGCAACGAUAAUGGCGAGACUCCACUUUUCACGGCUAUUGAAUCACCACAGUUCCGGAAACAAACCCCCAACAUUAUUGAUGUCCUCCUGAAACUAGGAGCGGACCCAAACCACCAGAAUAGUCAUGGGCAAAACGCUCUUUAUCCCACGAUUCGCCGCGGCUAUCUGGUGCCGAUGCAAGUCCUCCUCGAGCACGGUGCAAAUGUGCACAAUAAGGAUAGAGAAGGGAUGACCCCUAUACAUUGGUGUAAUAGAGCCUUGAUGGGGGACACCCUAGCUGAUACUAUGUCUCGUAUGAUUGGGCUACUUAUCAGAUAUGGGGCUGACGUUAAUUCACGAAAUCAUGCCGGGCAAACCCCACUGGGUAUGAAUUUACUACAGACGGGCAACCUGCGGGUACGCGAGUGUUUAAUCAAUGCUGGUGGGGUUGAAUGA